AUAUCAAAAUGUGUGGGACACAGCUAAAUUAAUGGUGAGAAAGAAUUUGAUAACAUUGAAUGCUUUCAUCAGGAAGUUUGAAGACCUCUCUAAAUCAAGAAUCAAAGCCCCUACCUCAAGUAACUAAACAAAAGAAAGAGUAAAAUAAACCCAGAAUAAGCAGAAGGAAGAAUAUGAUGAUAUAAUUAGAAAGCUGUGAAUAGGGAAACAGAAAAAUAAUUGAGAAAAUCAGUGAAACAAAUAGAUGAUUCUUCAAAAGACACAAACUACCACACCUGCCACAGUAUGAAAUGGAGAAUUUGCAAAGCUCUGUAAUUAUUAAGGAAAUUGAAUUCUUAAUUAAAAUCUCUUUUAAAAAGCAAUCUCUAGGCCAGGAUGACUCCACUGUAACAUACCAAGACAUGAUAUAUUGAAUAACUAUUUAUUUAUUUAUUUAUUUACCUCCCCAUAACAGUUACAUCCCCAAAGCUAAUAUAAUCAAUAUGUAUUGCAAACAUAAACUAAUGAAAAAGAGAAUUGACACCAGUUCUACUCAGUGACUUCCCGAAAUUAGAGUAGCAACAUUUCAAAAUUCCUUUUGUGAAACCAUUAUUACUCUAAUAUAUAAACCAGAAAAGAACAAUACAAGAGAAGAAUGCUAAACACCAUGAAAAUAGGUGUGAAUUUCUUUAUAAAAUAUAGAAUAGAAUCCAACAGUAUAAAAAGUACUAUACAGACAUUAUGACCAAUGGGCUUAUUCCAGGUAUGCAUGGCUUGUUCAGUAACUGAAAACCAACCAACGUAGUCAAGGGCACCCUCCUCCCCCUCUCCCCAUCACCCCUGUAUACAUAAAUCCAGAGACGCUUAAGUCCCUUAUGUAAAAUAGUUCAGCAUUUGUAUAUAAUCUGUACGCAUCCUCUGCAAUAUGUUAUAUCAUCUCUAGAAGGCUUAUAAUACCCAAUGCAAUGGAAAUCCUAUUUAUGUAGUUGUUAUACUGUAUUAUUUAGGGAAUAGUGACAAGAAAAAAGUCUGCACAUGAUCAGUACAGAAACAAGUUUUAAAAAUAUUUUCAAUACAUGGCUGAAAAAACAAAUGUGGAACCCAAGGACACAGGGGGCCAAGUGAAUGCCACACAUUUUGUUUAUCUGUAUGGGUUGAUCCACACUUGGUUAUUGUGCAUACGGCUUCCGCAAAACAGGGGUGUAUGGAUAUCUGUUUGACAACAUUCUUGCUUUCAAUGUUUUUUGGCAUGUACACAGAAGUGGAGUUGUAGGAUUACAUGGGAACUCUGAAUCUAACUUUUUGAGGAACUACCAUAGUGUUUCCCAUAGCAGCUGCAACAUUUUGCAUUCUUACAAAAAUGCACAAGGGUUACCAUUCCUCCUAUUUUUGCCAACAUUUUGAACUCCGUCGUUUCUCAUCCUAGUUGGUGUGAAGUGGCAUCUCAUUGUGGUUUUGCUUUGCAUUGCCCUCUGAUGGCUAAUGAUGUUGAGAAUCUUUCCAUAUACCCAGUGGUUACAUGGGCAUAUCCUUUAGAGAAAUAUCUACUCAAGUCCUUUUUUUUUUUUUUUGCUUGGGAUAUUUUGUAAGUUGUAGGAGUUCUUCAUAUAUUUUGGCUAUUAAUCCCUUGUUAGGCAGAUGCUUUGCAAAUAUUUUCCAUGAUUUGCCUUUUUACAGUACUGAUAGUGUCCUCUGAUGUUUUUAAUUUUGGUGAAGUGCAAUCCAUUUUUUCUUUUGUGGCCAUUGUCACACCUAGAGAUUCUUUUGAGAAUCAUGACAAUGUGGAAAUACAAUAGCCUUUCCUCUGGGAGGCCCCACUCCUCCCUGGCUCCAGCAUCCUCUUAAGUCCCCAGGAGAGCCCAAGGGGCACAGUGUAGAUCAAUUUACCACUCCUGUCUCCUGCCAGACUGGGAGCUCCCUGAUGCCGGUGAUCUCACUGCCCUGGUCAUCCUGGGUCUCACAAUGUACUGCACAGCACAGAGGGAGCUGCGUAAAUGGUAGAUAGGUAAAUCAAAGGGUAACUGAAUAAAUGGAUCCAGGAAGGAAGAAAUUGACCUCUCAGCAGGGCUGCUGAGCUUCAGACCUGGUUGAUUUCAAAGCUCCCUCUUUCCUUUUGUUCUGGGAGGCUGAUUCCCCUAGGAUCUGGCUUUUAUAUCAUUGUUUGCAAGAUCAAAAUGCUGUUCUGUAGUUCUCAAGCAGCGGCCUGAUUGCCCUCCUUUGUGUAAAAGGGACAUGUCUUUGGUGGAAAACCUGUGAUGUAUUGAGUCACCCAGGACCGUUUCUCUCCGGAAUAGAAACCAGGCUAGACAAGCUACUUGCUGAAGGUAAGGAAGGAACAUGAGCCACUACUUCUGUAUUAUCCAGUGUAGUUUUACAACAUAGUGUUUUGGUUUUGGUUUUGGUUUUGGUACCAGGGAUCGAACUCAGGACCUUGGACUUCUGAGACAGGCGGCAGAACCACUGAGCUAAAUCCCUAGCCCAAGCCACUAUUUCUGAAUGGGAGGUUAAUCUCAUCACCCCUGGUGCGUCCUUGCUAAUUUGGAGCUGGUUUUGUCCUGAUGUCCACACUCAGAUGGACGGCCCUCUUCAAGAUAUCCAGUCCAAACAUGUUUGUAAUGAACUUCACAUAUAUAACUCUCUUGUGAGACCCUGAGGCUCUUGGAAUGCAAGUUCAAUGUGAAAUCAAAAUGACAGCAUUUAUUCUACAAUAAAAGAAAAUCUAUGGAACAGAGGAUUUAUGAUUGUUAAUUAUCCUUACCUAAUUUUUCAUUUCCUUUUGGGCUGUUAAUGUCACUAUCAGAUGAGGGGUACCCAGCACAAAAGCUUAGAAAAAAUAAGAGAAAAAUAUGAAUUUAAGAAAAUUCUCUCAGUUAAGUUUUCAUACAAACUGGCAAAAGUUGUCAUUAUAAAUAAUUAUUUGACUUUAGCAGCAGAAUAGCCCAACCAAGCUUAUCCUGUGCCAUCUUGCCCUGUGGAACAAGUUUGAAAAGUCACGACAUUUUAGGAAGAGCAGGGCUUUGAACUCGGUAAGCCUGGGUUCAAAUCCUUGCAGCGACUCUCUGCUUCCUGUUUGGGCUUGCACAAGUUACGUGACCAGCAUUAGCCUUUGUUUGCUCAUGGAGUGAAGCAGUCACCUUCCAGAACUGCUAUCAGAUGAAAGCAUGCAGCCCCUCACCUCCUCCUCCUGCCACAGGUGGCAUCUGUCCUGAACACAGCAGUUAGUUUUGGAGUUACCUGUGAGCUGGUUACUGAUCUAAGUCACAGACUGCUGGUAGAGCAGGUGACCAGAAAGAUGACUUCUUGUUCUCUUGUUUAUCUAUUUUUAUUUUACUUAUUCCUUCACCACACAUUUGUGUGUGCCUUGAGAGGGAGCUGUUGCAUGUAGUUUGAUUUUAUUAUCACAAGAGAUCACAGUAAGUUGUUGGUGGUAAAGGAACCUGGACUUGUCCCUGGCAGCUUGCCCUGGCUCAUACUUGGCUUUUCCUGUGUCUUAUUGCCAACUUGUCCCAGCAUUUGGGCCAGUUUGGUGAAUUGUGGUGAUCGCAUUGGUCCAUAUGUGAAUUCCUCACAUCGUGUGAGCUCCAAGGACAGGCUCCCCAGAAUUCACUCCUAGCCACAUCCCAGAGCCAGCAACCCACCACAGAAGUGCUCGACCGUCACCCUGGCCACCAGCAUGCAUCUAAUGAGCAAUAGUUUUGCCUUGUUUAAUGCAAUAUCAUCUCCUCUUUCUUGAGAUCCAAAAUCUGAAGAGACAUGGAGACAAGACAUGAGGUGUUAAUGGUCUGGUUCCUCCUCCUCCAUUUCCCACAUUGAAAUGAGUGGAGAGGUCUCCUCAGUGCUGCCUUUGCCCCAGAAGUACAAAAAGAAGCAACAAUACAUGAAGAGCAUCCAACCAGGGGCAGAACUGUCAGGAAAUUCUGAGCGUACGGCACCAGAGCCCAAAGGUGUGCAGGAGACCUAGAAUCCUGCUCACUGAAGACUCAGGAGGCUCUUCUUUGUUUUCUAUCAGAGUUCUCCAGUUCAGCUCCCUGUGGAGAAAUCUUCCUUCUUGGAUAUUUAUAUUUCAGAUUCCCAAGAGAAGAUACCUCCCACCCUUGCUGUUUGGAAGUUUCCUUCUGCAGAAGGACUGAGUGGAGGUGGUGACUCUGUCCACGGGGUACACGUUAAAGGUACACCAGGCCACCUGAGCUUCUAGGAGAAGGUGGUUUCCGGUCUUCCCCUUGGAAAAGCAGUCUCUCAACUGAGACAUAUUCUUCACAUUUAAAGGAAAAUGGAAGCCAAGAUCAGUGUCUGUAGUGGCUUAUGUCACUACAUGGAAAUCCUGACACAGACCACUUAUGAAGAGGGGUUUAUUUGAGGGUUCAGGUCCACAACUGGGUGGCCCCAUGUCCCUGAAUCUCUGGUGAGGGUGGCACCUCAUGGUGGGGUGCGUCUUCAAAUGAGUGCUCAUAUCUUGAACAAGAAGCAGAGAGUACAGAGACCAGGCCCCACAGACACAGCACCUCCUAGUAGCACCACACUGGGGACCAUGCCUUGCACAUAGGGGACACUCAUGGCUUGCACAUAGACCUUUAGGGGACACUCAUGCAGACCACAGUCGUAUCUUCUUUUCUUAAAUGUCCCCAGGUUGGCACAGGAGAAAGCAAAUAUAAGAACUGGUGAGAGCGAGCCGUCUGUGGUGGAGCCCUAAGCACUGUGGGCUGAGUGAAGCUCAGGACUCACCACCCCAAUGCUGCCCCAAGUUACAACUCCGUAACUUGAUGUGAGGAAACAUCAGAAGCCAGAAGGCUGCAGAGUAUGCACACAGGAAGCAGUGGACACAGUCUGUACCCACAGAGGGAUAUGACCGUGAUUGAUGAAUUGCAGCCUCCAGCUGCUGAACCCAGUGGAAACGGCUCUUCCUGACCAACCCGACUCCCAGGAGAUCCACGGACAUCUGAGAGGACAAUGCAGCCAGUGGACAGACAGCGGGAACUCCCCAAGCGCUGAAGGGUGGCCCUGCAACCCUCUCCAUUCCUACCCUCAGGCAGUCCCCACAAUGGCCUGCAAUAGCACCACCUUCCAGCCCUAUGAGCACCUGAAGCUGAACGUGAGCAACGCCUCGGACUUGGGGGCCACGACACUGUCUGCCCCACUCAGGAUCUCCCUGGCCAUCCUGAUGCUAUUGAUGAUGGUAGUGGGCUUCCUGGGCAACACAGUGGUCUGCGUCAUUGUGUACCAGAGGCCAGCUAUGCGCUCCGCCAUCAACCUGCUGCUGGCCACCCUGGCCUUCUGUGACAUCAUGCUGUCCCUGUGCUGCAUGCCCUUCACUGCCGUCACCCUCAUCACUGUCCACUGGCACUUCGGGGACCACUUCUGCAGGCUCUCAGCCACGCUGUACUGGCUCUUUGUGCUGGAGGGCGUGGCCAUCCUGGUCAUCAUCAGUGUGGACCGCUUCCUCAUCAUUGUCCAGCGCCAGGACAGGCUGACCCCACACAGGGCCAAGGGCAUCAUUGCCGUGUCCUGGGCGCUGUCCUUCUGCAUCGCUGUCCCCUCGCUAUGGGGCUGGACAGUGGUGGAGGUGCCUGCUCGUGCCCCACAGUGCGUGCUGGGCUACACCGAGCUCCCGGCUGACCGCGCCUACGUGGUGACACUAGUGGUGGCUGUGUUCUUUGUGCCCUUCGGUGUCAUGCUCUGCUCCUACCUGUGCAUCCUCAACACAGUGCGUAAGAACGCAGUGCGUGUGCACAACCAGUCAGACAGCCUGGACCUGAGACAGCUGACCCGGGCUGGCCUGAGGCGGCUGCAGCGGCAGCAGCAGGUCAGCUUGGACUUGAGCUUCAAAACCAAGGCCUUCACCACCAUCCUCAUCCUCUUCGUGGGCUUCUCGCUCUGCUGGCUGCCACACUCUGUCUACAGCCUGCUUUCUGUGUUCAGCAGGAGCUUCUACUACAGCUCCUCCUUCUACACUGCCAGCGCCUGUGUCCUGUGGCUCAGUUACCUCAAGUCGGCCUUCAACCCCAUCGUCUACUGCUGGAGGAUCAAGAAGUUCCGUGAGGCCUGCAUUGAGCUGCUGCCACAGACCUUCCACAUCCUCCCCAGAGUGCCUGAGCGUAUCCAGCGGCGGAUCCAGCCAAGCACAGUCUAUGUGUGCGCCGAGAACCAGUCUGCAGUCUAGGGCAUGGGGCUUCCUGCAGCCUGAGUCUUCGUCUAUGUUUUGUGGUGCCUGUUUAAGCACAAAAGUACUCAUGUGUCACCUGACGGGCUCUGGUACCCAAAGUUCAAAUUCUGGCAAGGUGAAUUCAUUUUGUUUCUCAUUGCAGAAGAACCAUGGCUGGUCUGGUGGGAGCUGCAAGGUCAUCAGGAACAUGGGGAGAGGGCUAUGGGUGGGCAAAAAGCUAGGAAAGGGCAAAAGGGAGGUGGGCAGGGGAGGGUGCUGCUCGUGGUGUCCAUGGAGCCCCUCACACCCCCUAUGCCAGUUUCUGACCCCGGACACCCAUGGAGGGUUCAGCCAUGUCCUGGGCCAUCAUUCAUUCCAUUUGUCACCAGCAUUCUUCCGAGUUACUUAAGGUUGUGAGGUCUGAGGUUUCACACAGGACUGUUUACAUUGGUCAGAUGAUCGUUCCUGACAGUGCCAAACUACCUUUCCUAAAAAAGGAACACUGGGAAGCAGAAGGGGGGAGCCCUGCACUUCAGGCCCUGGUGUGACAUGGAGCCUGGAGUGGCUCCACAUGUGGAAGGUGCUCUGGCAGCUCAGCUGCAAUGAGAAGGCUUCCUGAGCACUCGCCUGGUCCGUCACCUGGCCAUGCCCAUCCCUCUGCUCUCUGCUGCUCCCAUCCUUCCCAGCAUUCUGGACACCAUACCCUGGGACUCACCCACGAGCAAGUGUCCACAGUGACUCGCUCUGUUUACAUGUUUCUUUGCACACCCCGGGGGCUCUAGAGCCUUGGAGAUGGCCGAAUCCAUACCAGCAAGGGUACUGCUGCAGGGGCAGGACAAAUAGAGCCCAUGGGCUGGGCGGCCCCAGGUCCCCAUGGUCUCUGCUUCUCCUACCUCACUUACACCCACUGCUGGCUACUGUGGGGCCCCGUAUGGGUUGGGAUCCAGGAGUGCAGCUGCCCAGAGGGUACCUUUCUUGAGUUCUACACUCAGCCACCCAUUGCCACUGCAAGCUUCUCAUUCUGGGUGGUGACCCCUUGAGCUCUCUGCCCAGAGUCAGGUCUGAAGAAGGUGAGACAUAAAGGAGAAGCCCAGAGAAUGCGGCACCAGGUCUGACUCCAUCAGGAACUAGUUGGGGUGACCAUGUUUUUUUCACCUCCUUUUUCUAGGUCUCAGUGUCCCUAUUUGCCAAGCAAAGAAGCUAGUCUAGAUGACCUCAAACUGAUUCUAAUAUGGAUUAUUUUUUUUACCAUCACCAGACCCCUGUGUUCAUUUAUUCAUCCAUGCAUUGAGCAUGUAUUAAGCACCUUCUGGAUGUAAGGCAAUCUGGGGGCAAAGGAGGACUGGGGUGUGGACUGAGUCCAGGGGCAGCAUCGAGAAGUCCAUCCUGCUCCCCUACCUCUUUCUUUCCAGCUCCCCAUUCUUACAGCUGUGGUGGUUGAGGACUGGUGGUGGAGGCAAGGAGGGUGGGAGACAAAGACAACAUGAUUUACCUUACUCUCCACCCAGGCAGGGCUCUCAGGAAGUAACUGAUGCCAUCCUCUAUAGCCAAGAUGGAGGAGGACCAAGAUCUGUCCUAUAAUUCUUGUCCCAAGGGCCCUGGCAAAAGCAAGGUUUGCCUACAGCUCUUGGGGACCAGGUUCCAGUGCACAGCGGUGCCAGGAGUGUAGCCAGGCCCUGGGGGACCACACCUGGGCACUUCCCCUCCUGACAGCAUUGCAGAGAAUUGCUUCAGAAAUCACAAAACUGAAUGAAUGAAGGUACCAAAAUUUACAUCAAUCCAUGUCUUGUGAUCUACGUU